CUUCACAACUUUCAACCUCCACGAGCUCUUGUAAUGCUCUUUUGACAGGCAGCAUUUCUUCAGUUUCAUUAUUUUAUUUAUUUUCAAAUGAAAAUAAAAUAGGUGUAAGAUAAGGAGGAGAGGAGAUAUACACUUUGCUGAAGUAAGACAAGAGGAGGACACUAUGAUGUGCAUGGAACAGUGGGGCUAUCUGAUCAGCCUCUUUUAGUACUUAAUGCCACCUGUAGCCGGUUGGGAGUGCCAAACUGAGAAGAUGAAAGUGAAAUGGACCAAGCUGGGUCUGGUCUUCUUCCUGCUGCUCUCUGUCGUCAUGACAGCCUGCUUCAUCUGGCAGUACAGACAGCCCAAGCUCAGCACGGAAGAGGAGAUCAUGGUGAGCGAUGCCCCAGAGGAAGAGAUGUGUCCUCGCUUCCCCGAGCCUGUUCCCCUGCAGCACCCCAUCCCCAUCCUCAAAGAAGCCCUAGAGAAGGUGGAUGGACUCCUGAGACAAAAUAUUAAUGCCACCCGCCUGCCAGCCAUUUCUGCCAUAGUCAUCUUCAAUGACUCGGUGUUGUGGAAUGGGCACUUUGGGAGAAAAAAUGCAAGUGAUCCAUUCUCCCCACCACCAAAUGAGUACACAAUGUACAGAAUUGCAAGCCUGUCGAAGAUAUUCCCUACAAUAAUGCUGUACAAGUUAUGGGAAGAUGGCAAGGUGGCCUCUCUUGACGACCCGCUUGAGAAGUAUGUGGAUAAUUUUACCAUAAAGAAUCCACUGGGAAAGACCGGAGACUCCGACCCCAAGUCCAAAGCAGAUGGAUCCACUAACAACCUGGAGGGGAAGGCCAGCACCUCCUCAGUGACCCUGCGGAGGAUGGCCAGCCAGCUUUCUGGAUUACCCAGGCGUCUCAGGUCAACCACCCUACUCUGGCGAGGAAGCACUCAGGCUGCCAUCGGGUUACUUCAAGAUGACGUCCUCGUGGCAGACCCAGGAACCAAAUGCCACUACAGCAACCUGGCCUUCUCUCUGCUGGCGCAUGUCUUGGCAGAGAAGGUAGCGGGUACCAAGUACCAGCACUGGGCCACAGAGAAUAUCCUGAACCUGUUGGGCAUGGAGGACACGGGCUUCGACAUCACGCCAGAGGUGCAGAGCCAAAUGGCCGUGGGGGUCUACGCGAGCGGUCAGACAGCACCACUUUAUGACCUGGGCUGGUACCGUCCUUCGGGCCAGAUGUACUCCACGGCGGCAGACAUGGCCAAGCUGGGCAUGGCGCUACUGGGCUCGUACACGCGGCCGCUGCUGUCGGCCGACACACUCAAGACCAUGCUGACGCCCAUGUUCCGCUGCGACAAGGGCUACUUUGCCAACCAGACGGGCACGCCGUGGGAGGUGAACGAGCUGCUGGGCUACGAGGUGGUGCAGAAGGCCGGCGAGCUGGACGGCUACUCGGCCUCCUUUUCCCUGGUGCCGCGCCUCAAGCUGGGCCUGGUCAUCCUGAUGGCAGGCGCCAAGCCGAAGGGCGAGGACUUUGUUGCCAAAACCUACAGCUUCCUCAUCCCCGCCCUGGAGAGUGCCUUCCGGGAGGCCCCCCGCAUCCUCAUCCCUCCCCCCGAAGCGAGCCCGUACGAGGGCUUCUUCACUUAUGGCAAUAUGACGUUCUACGAGAUAAGGGCCGGGGAGGAUGGUGUUCUGAUCAUGCAGCAGUUUGGCCCACAGCUGGACACCAUGGUCCCAGCGAAGUACAGGACUAUCAGGCUCAGUUACCUGGAGGACAGGGUGUUUAGGGUUGUGUUUGAGAAGGAGUACCCCUGUGUUCUGAGAGUCAAUUCGGCCUCAGUCUCCCUGGAGAACCAAGACAGGCAACUUUUCAAUUUUUAUUAUUUUAACAGAAAGGGUCUCUCGCCUGGCUUUGAUGCCCCUGGACUCAACACCUACAGGGUUGUCAGGAUUCCUCGUAAACCAUUUUUCUCGAAAUAACGUUUGCACAGGGCAGAACUUGACAGUGGGAAAGAGGGACCUCUCCAUGAUAAAUGUGUCAAAUUAUUGGCAGGUCGAUUGUUAUCAGCAGUCCUCGUAAACCUUUCAUGUCUCUGAGAAAUGUUUGCAAAGCACUUAACACAGGGGAAGAAGAACCUUUCGAUAAAUGCCUCAAAUAUUGAACAACUGAGGAACAUUUUUCUAUGCAACUUCAUUUAUCUUACUAUGGUUGGAACUGGAAACUAAUUAAAAGGCAUUCUUUGUGAAUGGGUUUGCACCAAUAUGCAUCAUUUUGCUUAAGAUAUUGCUGUCAAUGUUAAUUGAACCUAAAGAAAUAUAUGAACAGAAAUUGGCAUUGCUACCCCAUAUUUUUUUCUAGAUCUCAUUACCUGCCUUUUUGAAUGGUCUUUUUUUGAUUAUUACUGAAGGUAGAAUUUCAAUGCCCAUUUUUUGUGUCAUGCAAACACUGGUAUUUUGCAGUACAUGGCCUUAUUCAAUUAUCACUCUUGUAUGAAAGUUUUCUUAAGUCAGAGACAGUGCCUUUCAUUGGAGGACAUGUCAAUAAGAACCUUGAGUUAUGGAACCCUGUUUGGAGGAAAUAUAUAUUUUAUAGCAAUCAGUCAGAAACCUAUUAUUAUCAGCAUAUAUAAAGGAAUAAAGACAAACACACGUUCUCUGAACUAUACAUCAAUAUAGUUAUACAAAAUGUUAAGUGAACAGGGUGACCACAAUUUCUGUCACACACACAAACACACACCCAACCAUUCAGGAAGUUUGAUUGUUUUACUGGCCACCUGGCCACUGCAGUGACACACACACACACACACACACAAGUAAGAGAAACUUGCCAUUGAAACACAAUAAAUGGGUAAGA